AUGAAAAUGAUUAUAGAAAUAGAUAAGAUAUUAUUGAAAGAAAAGCUUUUGGAAGAAUUGAAGUAAAAAAUGCAAUCUAUUAUACCUUCAUAAUUAGAAUAGAGUGAAUAAUUUACAGAAAAAUUAGUUAAAUCUUUUAAAUUCAAAGGAUAUUAUUUUGAAGUAGGAGAUAAUAAACUUAUAAAAUCUAUUGUUCUUUCAAGAAAAGAUAUUAAACCUUAAAUAUAUAAGGGAAUUUCUGAAGGUUAUUUAAUGGAAGAUACUUUCAAAAUUCUCAAUGAAAAUAUUACAGAUAGUCAGAAAAUAUUUAAAUCUCCAAAUGAUAAUUUAGGAUAACUUAUAAAUAGAUAUAAAGUAGCUUAAUAAAUAAAAACUAAUUUGCGAUCUUUGUUUGAAGUUGAAAGAAUGUAAAUUGAAUAUCCUGCUAUUGAUAAUUAACUUGAUCUUACUGUUUAUAAAUAAAUGAUAUUAAUUAAAAAUCAAAAAAAUAAACCAAAAAAAAAAAAAUUGAUAGAAUUAAAAAGAAUCGCAAAUCAUAAUAAUGUUACUUUGGGAUGUCUCAAACUAAUUGAUAAAUUAUUAGAUGAAUUGAAUUCUUUGGAAUAAGAAAAUAGUUAGAAUGCUUUUAAGAAAAUUAUUGAAUUUCCUGUUAAUAGUGAUGUUUUAACUAAUUAAUUAUAAAUAAGGUUUCUAUUGUAAUUAGAAGUGUAUAUAAUUAGUUGUAAGAAAUACAUUAGAAAUGUUAAACUUAAAAAAAGUAACUAUUUAAUUUUGUCAUGAAAUAUUAGAUCUAAUGUAAAAGUGUUUAUUGACCACUACCUUAUGUUGAAACUUAAAAGAUAAAAUACUUGAAAGAGAACUCUACAAAAAGUUAAAUGAAUCAAUAACUUUAGAAUAAUUAGAAGAAAUUGAACAUGAAUGCUUUUAACUUGGAUUUGAUAUGGAUGUUGAAUAAAGAAGAUAACAAUUACUUUAAGCAUAAGAGAUCAUAUAAAACAUUUAACCAAGUUUAAAUGAUAAUUUGGAAGAAUUCAAGAAAUUAAAAUCUCUCGAAUUGGACACAUAGAUAAAAUCAACAGAAUAGUAGAUUGAUUUUGUUAAGUAAUUAUAUUAUUUGGUAUACAAUUAAUAUGAUUAAUUACCAAAAAUGAUAUAGAAAGUAAAAGAUAUCUCAGAUUAAUAGAUUUCAAUAAUGAAUUACUUUACAAAGCUACAAUUUCGAAAGUAGUUGACGAUGAAUUGA